CUUGAGCCUCUCAUAGGGAUGUGGGCUCUUCCGGUGGAGAUGCCGAUUGCUGGAAUAGCUUUAUCCGUGUUUAUUUUGGGCCGUUAACAAACUGUUUCGAUGAAUAAACAGCUCUGUAAUUUAGCUGUUUGGUUGUGUGACUCAUUAUGGUUUCGACUAUGUCGCACUUUCUUUUGGUAAAUGUGUCUUGAGAGAAAUAAUAGUAUAGUUGUCAAACCCGAUUACAGAAGAGCACGUCUUCGAGGUUAAAUGUAGCUCGGGACAUUAUGUAUUUUGGUGAAAAGGUGUCAGUUGCGGAAUACAGCACAGCGUCAAUCUGGAGUUGACGCUAGAAAAUUAACUCGCAGGUAUGGCCUCCCAGCGUCAUCCGUUUUCGUCCCCAUCGGUGUCCUCCAGUGCUUUUUGCCGCGUGAAGAAGGUGAAGGUGGAGAGCUGCAUGUGGGAUGUAACGAACCAAUCGGGCGAGAGGAAAUACUUCCUGCCCUGCCCUUCUCAGGGAAACCCCGCUCCCUCAGUGGCCUCUGGCUUCAACCCUGCCUAUGGCUCAGCAAAUCUGAAUUUCCGUCCAGCCGGGGGUUCCAGGGGCCAUGUGGUUGUGCGCGCUGCGGACAGCACUGGCAGCCUGCCGGGGCCCUCCUCCUCUUCCUCGUCCUCCUCCUCCUCUUCGUCCAGUUGCCGGGUCAACGACCCCUCCCCGAAGCAGCAGGGGUCACAGAGUGGCCUAAAGCGCAAGCGUGAGGAGGUGGAGAGCAGUGACAGCGUCCAGAUCCUGGAGGAGCUCUCCGCCCCCGUACCCUCCAACCGGGGAGGCGGGGGCGGGGCCACCACCCAGUCCAUCGCCCACUCCGCCUCCACGGCGAAGAGCAGCAACUCGCACAGCGAGGGGGACUACCAGCUUGUGCAGCACGAGAUUCUCUGCUCCAUGUCUAACAGCUACGAGGUGCUGGAGUUCCUGGGCAGGGGGACCUUCGGCCAGGUGGCCAAGUGCUGGAAGCGCGGCACCAACGAGAUCGUGGCCAUCAAGAUCCUGAAGAACCACCCUUCUUACGCCCGCCAGGGGCAGAUUGAGGUGAGCAUUCUGAACCAGCUGAGCGCGGAGAACGCCGACGAGUUCAACUUCGUGCGCUCGUACGAGUGCUUCCAGCACAAGAGCCACACCUGCCUGGUGUUCGAGAUGCUGGGCCAGAACCUGUACGACUUCCUCAAGCACAGCAAGUUCAGCCCGCUGCUGCUCAAGUGCAUCCGGCCCGUGCUGCAGCAGGUGGCCACCGCCCUCAUGAAGCUCAAGAGCCUGGGCCUCAUCCACGCCGACCUCAAGCCCGAGAACAUCAUGCUGGUGGACCCCAUCCGCCAGCCCUACCGCGUCAAGGUCAUCGACUUCGGCUCGGCCAGCCACGUCUCCAAGGCCGUGUGCUCCACCUACCUGCAGUCGCGGUACUACAGGGCUCCGGAGAUCAUCCUGGGCCUGCCGUUCUGCGAGGCCAUAGACAUGUGGUCCCUGGGCUGCGUGAUCGCCGAGCUCUUCCUGGGCUGGCCUCUGUACCCGGGAGCCUCGGAGUAUGACCAGAUCCGCUACAUCUCCCAGACCCAGGGGCUGCCGGCGGAGUACCUUCUGAGCGCCGGAACCAAGACCAGCCACUUCUUCAACAGAGGCCCCGCCUCCAGCUACCCCCUGUGGAGGCUGAAGACUCCAUCGGAACAUGAGGCGGAGAUGGGGAUCAAGUCUAAGGAAGCUCGCAAGUAUAUUUUCAACUGCCUGGAUGACAUGAUGCAGGUGAACAUGACGAGCCUGGAGGGGACGGACAUGCUGGCGGAGAAGGCGGACCGGCGGGAGUUCAUCGACCUGCUGAAGAGGAUGCUGACGCUGGACGCGGACAAGCGCAUCACCCCGAUGAAGACCCUCACCCACCCGUUCGUCACCAUGGCGCACCUGCUCCACUUCCCGCACAGCUCGCACGUAAAGUCCUGCUUCCAGAACAUGGAGGUUUGCAAGCGGAGGUGCGAUGCUUUCGACAACGGGAAGAACCUCUUCGCCAGCAAUGCCACGCCCAGCGCCGCCACCAACCUCACGGUCACCUUCAGCAGCCAGCUCAACCAGCACGGCCAGGUUGGCGCCGGCGAUAGCCAGUCGCUCUCCCAUGGCAGCAACGUCCCCCUGCUCAGCUACCAGCCGGCCCUCUACCAGCAGGCCACCAUCAACAUCCCCGGCCUCGCCCAGCAGAGCGUCCCGCUCUCGGUGCGCCCUCCCCAGCUGUGCGCCCAGACCGAGCCCUUCCAGCAGACCCUCAUCGUCUGCCCGCCCACCAUCCAGGGACUUCAGACCUCCAGUAAGCACUCUGGAUACCCCGUGAGGAUGGACAGCUCGGUGCCCGUGGUCCCUCAGAACCAGUCCUCCCAGUCCGUACAGAUCCAGCCCAGCAUGCUCGCGCAGCAGACUUGGCCAGCAGGUGCACAGCAGAUCCUCAUACCCUCCACCUGGCAGCAGAUACCGGGCGUGGCCAUCCACAACCCCGCGCAGCCCAUCAUCACCAAUUCGGCCAUGGGGGCGCUGCACUCCGAUAGCUCCGCCCAGGCCCCCGGCUGGAGUGCCAGGGGCUGCCAGGGGGGGCAGUACAGCGGCGGUACGCAGCGGACCUCCAGCCUGGCCGGCCAGAGCGCCCUGGCGUCUGCCCAGUCCACCAACGCGAGCGCGGCGUACACGAGAGGCCAGCAGGGGGCGACGUCCGGGAAGAAGGCCAAGACCCGCCAUUCUGACUGCAGAGCCAGGCACUUGUCCCUGCUGCACGCCGCCACCCCCGCGGCCCACCGCAGCCCCGCCCUCGCCUCGCCCGCCUACAGGGCCCCGCUCUCUCAGCCCAUCGUCAUCUCCGACACCCCCAGCCCCGCCGUCAGCAUCAUCACCAUCCGCAGCGACACCGAGGACGAGGACGACAGGAAGUUCCCCCCCGCCAGCAGCUGUGGCGUGGAGCCGCGGGGAAACGUCAUCAGCUGCGUGACCAUCCACGACUCGCAGGACUCGGACUCCUCCUCCAGCGGCUCCCCGGCCCCCAAGCGGUCCCGCCCCGCCGCCGGCGCCGAGCCCAAGCCCCUGGACGUCAUCAUGUCCGCGGUGAAAACGCAGCCCGGGGAGGGCGCCGAAUGCAUGGCGACAGGCCAGCUGACCGGCGUCUACGCCCUGCCUAGGAAGGGCUCCGCCCAGCAGCUUUGCGGCUCGGGAUCGUCCAAUAGCGAUCGUCACCACCAUGCAGCGGCCACCCCGUCCCAGCCUCUCAACCUCAGCCAGGUCCAGCCCUCUGUGACAUCACAAUCUAAAGACAGAACAGGGGGCGGCUCCCUACGCCAGCACCGCCCGCACCCCUCCGCCGCCCCUUACCGUCUGCAGGAGGCUUCCUUCUUCGGCUCCGCCCCCAACCUCUACGCCUACCCCGCCUCCCAGGCCUUGAGCCAGGCGCACGUGUCCGCGGCCUCCUCCUCCUCCUCUUCCUCUUCCUCCCACCACGCGGGCGGCCGGGCGGCCUACUCCUCGCUGGGCCUCCUGCACUCGGACAGCAGCCUGCGCCUGGCGGGGCCCGACCGUGCGCGCUACCAGCACCACUUCCCCGCCCACCAGCCCUACGGCCGCUCGGCCGCGGCCCACGGCUGCUACCCGUUCAGCCCGAGGAAGCUCAGCCAGCACCCGUACCUAUGAGGCGCGAGGAGGGGGAGACCGCGCCCACCGCGGCACAGCCCCGCCCCCCACCCCCAGUUCCCCCGGCGACCAAACAUGAACGCCUGCACAAGAUGCCCAGCCGCAUCCGAUUGAAACUAAAAUGCAAGGACUAGGAAUACUCCUUUUUUUUCUUUUCCUAUUUUUCUUUUUUUUUUUCCCCACCCACCCCCCCAGCGGAACCUAUGUCGUCCUAAUUUUUAACGUCACUUUUAACUUGUUAGUGUUGAAUUCUGUGUCGAGUUAUUUUAACCUUUUUUUUUUUUGCGAUUUAAUUUUAAGGCUCCUAGCUGGAGAAAAAAAAAAAAAAAGAAAAUAGCUGGAAAAAAAAGAAGUCUUUUAAUGGAUAACUGACAAAACUUGCUGUUGUUUUUAAUUUGCAGAGGAAAUGCAGUGGCUCUGUUCCGUGUCUGUGUGCUUAUUUGUGACGCGAGGGUGACGCCCUGACUAGUUUGAAGCUAGUGACUGUGAAGCACACUAACAUUUUAUGAAGUGACGAACGUGUGGACUGUGUAGUGGCGGUGACUUCACCGGUUUUCCUGUUUGUGUAACAUCCAUCUUUUCUGCAUCGACUCACAUAAAUGUUUUCCAUGUGGUUCUUAGACUUCUUUGCGCAAAAGACUGAUUUUGUCGGACGUACAUCAACCGGUUCAGCUCAUUCAGCCCCGUCAGCAGGCUGCUGUUCUGUGGGGCUGCUUGACCCUUUUACAUUCCAAGUGUCGUAGUUCCUCUCAAGGACCGGUUUUCCCUCUUACACUGGGGUGCUGUGUCGCGUGUCUCAAGGACGAAGGACUGAAUUAACAUCAGUUCGAGCCUGCUCGAUUGCUACUUCAAAGCACCCGUCACCAAAAUAAACACGGUUGGUGAUAUUAGCAGGAAAAUGAGGGAAUUCACAUCUUUCACAGAUGUCACUGCUAUAUUUUUCAAAAAAUUUGAUAAACCACAAAAUGACAAUGGGGGAAAAAAAAAGAUUGUUUAAAAGUAAUAGUACUUGAAAGUAUGUUCUUUUACAUGCAUUAUAUGGCCUCAUUUGAGAGUGAAUUUGUAAAGUUAUUAACUUAAGAAUGAUACCAGUCUGGCACAUGUAAAAUGUUAUUGCAUGUACCUUAUUGUUAAAGGGUAAUUCAGUGAGUGUUGAAGGUUCAGCAGAAAAAAACAUUUUCAAGCAUUUUGGAUCAACAUUUAAUUUAAAUGUUUCCAUGAUUCUCAAAAUUUGAAAUUUGUUUUAUUUUAUUUAUUUAUUAGCAGGAUAAGCCCCUUGAGAUGUGACAUCUCGUUUGUUGAGGGGGUCCUAAAUUUGGUGGGAAAUUUGCCACAAGCAAAUUCAUUUGACAUGCGCAUACACACACACACAUACACACACACGAAAACCAUAAACUCUGUUAUGGAGUGGUGUUUAUGGUAAAUGUGCAACAGUGUGAAAUUGCAUGCAAAAAUUUUAUCUCCCACCAAUGUACUAGUUAAGCUACUAGUUUAGCUAUUAAAACUUUUAGCAGUUUUAUUAACGCGAUACAAAUUUUAGCUAGCUAGCUAGUGUCAUUUUCAAACUAGAAUAUGGCUUUAACAUCAGUCAGUGCUAGCCAGUGUUUAAGUAAUAUUUUUAGGGCUGCCUGUAUUGGUUGUGUUUAGUAGUUGAAUAUUAAGAGUGAGGUGGGAUGCUGAGCUUAAUUUAAUAUAGAAUUAAUGUAAUAUACAGCUCUCUCAGUGCUCAGUUACAGUAUUGCUAAUGUAUCCCUCCUUUAUGAAAGGAAUGUAAUCAGACUUUGAUUAUUACAUGUUGCAUGGGUGCCGAUGUAGUGUACUGUGCCUGUACACUGCAGUUGAGGGUAUAUUGUGUGUUACAUAGUGUGCUGUGGACUCCCGAGAGCUAGGGCUGCCUACGCGGCGGCCAUCGUCCGAAGUGGCGCACUAUUUAAGGGACGGGGAGCGAUUUGAGACUCAACCCGCAAAUCACGUACAGAGUGAGCGUGGAGCAUCGAUCCAGUUCAGAGGUCGCAACAAUCCCGUUUUCAAAUCGUGUCGUGGUAAAGACCACCUCCCAGCAAGCCGAUUCCAUUGUUUACGAAGCUUAAUUAUCUGCCCUCCUGGCUGAAAGUGACGUUUGUCUUAAGGAAGAAUAGGUGUAAUUCAAGGUGGAAGUCAAACAUUUGCAGGCUACAGUUACAGACCGUAUAGCGGAACUUCACAUCGCAGAGCACAAACAGAGCCCGCCAUGGAAUGCAGUACUCAGGAAUUACAAUCGUGAUGCAACAGACAGCUGUAGUUCAUCAAUGCAAAUACUUCUCUGGAAAAUAGCUUGUUAGUGACUACCAAAAAAGAAAAAAAAAAAAAAAACCCUUGCACCAUUUUGAUACUAUCCUUAAAAAUGAUGUGAUUAAAUAAUUAAUCUUCUGGAAAGCUGUGGUUUUGGGUGAAACUUGCAAUGCAAAGACUGAAGGUGUAUUGGAGUCUGUUAGUGUACAUAUGAAUCAGACUGGGUAGUUCACACUGAAAAUGUACACAUUACUUGCAUAGUGGGGCAUCCUGAGCAUAUUCAUUUUGUGUAGAUCGCUGUGGGCUUAUUUUGCUUGGAACGGCCACUUGAAUAGCAAGUAAACUUGAUCAUUAAGAAUGUGGAUUGCCCUUUUUUGAAGGUUUAACAAAAUCUUAGUGAACCAGUAAUUCAUGCAAGCCCAUGACCGUGUGACGAGAAAUACUACGCAGAAAUCACAUUCAGAAAACAACAUUUCAUGCGAGUAUUCGUAACAGUGUGCAUUAUCGGUUGUGGGAAUUGGUUGAGAAGUAAAUGUCUAGCCACUCCAUUCCAAUCACUGUUUAAUGCAUAAAUUCCAAUUAUUUCAAACAGUAUUUCUCUUCUGACGUGGGGUAGUGCAUAUCAUAAAUCUUGGUGCAUUACUGUACUUGUCAUGCAUAAUAAACUGUAUGAACAGUCUGUAAUUACCUGCCAUUUCUUAUUCUGUUAUGCAGUGUAAUUAUACUGUUGCAGUUUCAUUGAGCACAAUUGGAGCGCUGUUUUUGAGUGGCAGUUUUUGCUACUCAAACAAAAUGGCUAAAAUCAAGCCGUCUAAAAUUAUAUAUGAAAUACACUAUUUUCAUGAGUAUUACUAACUUUAAAAGUUUGAAACUACAUUGCGAUUUCAUCCUUAAGUGUCAACUAUAUGUGGUUUUCUUAAUGUACUGUAGGGAAGGAAUGAUGUCAGCAUAAACCCAAUAAAAAUAGUUUGCAUCCGUGGUAACUUCCGUUCUGUGUGGGUGAGUCACCCUUUCCAGAGCAUGGGGGUCAGAGUUGGUGCUUUUUCAGCUGAUAUUUGUCCUGAGAGCUGCAGUUUAAGUAACGCUAAAAAGAAUGUAGCCUACCCAGAAUUCAGAGAAUGCAAUUUCUGUACAGUAUACAGAAUGUUAUCUAUUACAUUGAAUACGGUAGAGCUUCAGGAAGGUACUGUGUCAUCAUUUUGAGGACAUGUCUGAAGAUCUUCUCAGACACAAGAUGGCUGAAGUACAUUUGAGGCUGAUGAGGUUGUGUUUUAGGGUCAUUUAGGUCCUCCGUACAGCCUUGUGUGUAGCAAAUGCCUUUGGUUACUGUGCCCUUUUCAGUGUGAUUUUCUCAUUUCCUCUCAGAGGCCAUAGCGUGACUAAAUGUUACAUUUACCAGCAUUUGCUUUUGUGACCAUCCGCAACGCAUAACGCAUUCGUAAGUCUUAUAUUAAGUGAACUCCCUUUUCCUAGUGCAAUCAAAUCUCAACGCAUCAGUUAUCCAUUACAACUCAAAAUGUGGAAGUCAUUGGAGGCACAGGGCCUUUGAAGUACAGUUUUCUUAUUAAAAUGUCAGUGUAGUUUUGAGUUUGAGGUUUUACAAAGUGCAAUGUAAGAUGUGACGUGAGCUGAAGUGCUCGGCAAAACAAAUCCACGGCUGGAGAUACCUGUGCUACUGCUUGGUGUUACCUGAAGUUCUCACUUGCUGUUUUUGUCAGUUCCUUCCAUUCAGUAAUGCUUAUAUCGUUGUUGUGGGUUUUGAUAUUUAGACAGUCAUACAAAAUUACUUCCACAAAUAAACCCUUUGUUGAUUUACUGUA